AUGGUAGAGGGACUAAACUCGGAGAUUUUCAAUGCGGCUACCAGCAUCAACGAUCUCUACGAACAAUCUGGAAAGAUGGACUUGAUGGAAAUGGGCGAGAAGCUGGAAGUGUUCAACCAUGCAAGGAUCGUGGCGAAGGCGGCUAUUGGAGAGCAGCUCUACUCCGCUAACUGCCAGAUCGACGAAGCGCUUGGAUACGCCGACCCAUCCAAUCCCGAGGAGCCGCUUCCGUUGCAACUCACCAUGCAGCGUAUUCUGAUUCAAUGGUGCUCUCAUCUUCUUCGUGGAUUCGGCUCUUCCGCAGUAGGACAAGCUCUCGACGUGACUUAUCGAGUUGUUCGAUCGAUAGAAGAACCCUCCGUGUCGGCGAAAUGGAGGGUUAUAGCAGCCGCUGCUCUCCGCCAGCAAGAGGAAAGUUGCAUACCCGGAGUGGCGGAUGCUAUCAUGGCGGUUCUCUGUAUCUGUGGGAUCUCUACCGUCACCGAAGAGUUUCCUAAGGUUAGGCAAAAAGUGGGGACUCGCCUAGGAUACCUUGAGAAGAUGGCGCUCAAGUUGAGAACGGCCAUGAGGGAAGGGAUAACUUCAAGCGACAUGGAGGUAAUCAGCUUGGAUUCUGAUACGCCAUUCAAUCCACAGGAGAUGAAGGACUUUUUUUCAAAUAGAAGACCAGACAAAAAGGAGCUCGGAAAGGGGAUCCUUUGCACAGUGGGGUUAGGAUUGCAGAAGGCCACGAGGAAACGAGGCGAUCACGGACAGAUCCAGGAGGAAAUAUUCGUCAUGAAACUGCCAGAGGUGGCCCUCUUAUCUGCUUUGCAAAGCCCAUGA